AUGAUUGGAUCGCGGCGGCAAACCUCCAAGGCCAUUGAGGCCUUCUUUUCUAGUACAGACCUCAAGCCCGAAGAUAAAGCUCGCUGGCCACCCUUUUUAGUUGACCAAGUUUCUUCAUAUUGCUCUUCAUUCUCUCCACUUGAUCGUGGUGCUUCUGCUUGUGGCCGUCUUCAUGAUGAACUUCUACGACUUCAACAAAUUGCAAAAGAUAAGCGAGUCCCCGAUGCAGGUUUCCUAGAAGGCUUGACUCUUUUGGCACCACUUCUUGGCCAUGAAGCUCAUCUCCUUGAAUGGUUCCGUGCUUAUGUUAACCCUGCAAUCAACUCUGCAGGUCAUAAAAAUGAGGUGGUCGAAGCAUCGCGUAAAUUCAUAAAAGCGGUUCUUGAUGGAGGUAAUUUCCCAUUAUUUACAACAUCAUCAGAAGCAGCAACAACAGCAGUAGCAGCAACUUCUUCUACAGAAAAUCAAACAACAUCAACAUCAACAUCAACAUCAACAACAACUAAUACUUCAACAUUAGCAGAAUCAGGAAAUAUAAACACUUCUGACUCAAAAUCACUUUCGUCAGCCCCUGGGUCUUCAGGGUCCGGGGCUUCGGUCCUUUCAAAUGCCCCGGCUCAACCAUCAAAUAUCCUUUCUCCUGUUUCUACGGAAAAUUCAACAACAAAUGGUACAUCCACUACAACUACCAUCAACUCUUCUUCCACUCCAAACAAUAAUAGCAUUUCGCCUGCUUUCUCUGCAUUAAGGUCCAUUUCUGAGUCAACAGAAAUUGCGACUGAUCCUAGCGACGAGACUACAAGCUCAACUAACCCUACCUCUAAUACUCCUACGUCUACGUCUACUUCCAUUCCUACUCCCACUCCUACUACUACUAUUACUACUAAGACCAACGGUGAUAACCAUUCUACUGCUAAUGGCACCCCAUCUAAUGAAAAAUCUAACGACUUAAUAAACGAACAACUUAAUGAUAAUAAUAAUGAUAAAAAUAAUACCAACACUAGUAAUAAUACUACAAACAGCAUAUCCUUUACAGCAGCAACCAUAAAUGACAUUCCUUAUACCAUCGAGACAGGCAGCGAACUUUACUUUUCAUGGAUCCUAGAUAUCUUUCUUGGCGCCCCAUCGCCACAUAAAUGGUUCAAGUUUAAAGAAACGGGACUUGCACGCGAUGAACGCCGGAGAUUUGUGGUGCAAAAUGCCCGUGACUUGCUACUGAGCUGGGGGCACGGCCAUGAAAAGCUCUUUUUCGAACGCCUCAACUACCGCGCCACUCAGGCGCAGCACCGCCAACAAAUAUUUAGCCUUGUUUCUGGGUUUAUUUCCGAAUAUCCUGAAGCAGAUGUGGGCGUCAUUACUUCAACGCCGCUAUUCCAAACCAUUACCAAUAGCUUACGCUAUGACUCUUCAUCUACCGGUCUUAACUUUGCAACCAAAAUCCUUGCAAUGGUUAUACCAUACAUGGCCACAACUGCAUCGCGAAAUGAUAUUGCAAACAUAUUUAUGCUCUACGGUAGACUCGCAUGCUGGUCGUCAUUUUCCUAUGACUUUAACUCAAAGGCACUUUCAGAAAAAUCGGCUACUGACGGAGAAUGCUCCCCUGAUGAUACAGGCCCAUUACCAGAAGUUGCAGUUCCAUAUGGUUGGUCUGUUUUAACCAAGGUGUACGAUCUCCCUGAUGUUCAAAUUAUCGACAUUACUCCCAUCUUUACAUGUCUUUACGGACUUUACCCAUCCAAUCUUUUUUCCUUUAUUUCAUCACCAGGCGAAUUUGUCCACAAUAUAUUAAAAUCAGAUACACGACUUCCUGAAGGUUGGAGCGAUGGCAUCAUUGCUGACCGGAGUCGUCAGCUUUUUGAUUACUAUACCAUUAACCCAUUAUUGACCAAAUUUACAAAAGACCAGGAGUUGGAGCCAUCGUCUACGGCGUCUUUAGGUAACCCAUUGGACAUUGCUGCACAUUGUAUUUCGCUCCACGACCGGUUCAGAGAUACAAUUGUCAACACUCGGCGGCACUCGAGUCUCAUUGCAAUUCAACCUCAAUCACAAGCUGCCAGUUACAGCAAUAGCAACAGACAACCACUUGAUUCUAUUGAACAGGAACCUAAUGACGAUGCAGAUGAUGAUGGUUACGCAGCCUGUGAACUUCUAUUUGGCAUUCAGGGGCUUAACGGAGACGAAAAUGAAGUCACAGAAAUGUCACUCACAUCCCCAACUACUGCAGCUGCCAUGGCAUCAAAUACUACAACAACUAAUUUGACCACCAUGUCAACUACCCCAAAGGAAUAUCUUCCUAGUGAUAGCCCAAAGUCAAUGUCUCUGGGGAUUAAAUCUAGCGAAAUCCCGCUCAUUGCUUCUCCAAUGCAAUACCGACGUAACUCCAACAAUUCUCAGGUCACUCCGCGGCUCACGGUCUGCACGCCCAGCAUCAAGGGCAUUGAAGAUUUACUAUCCGAGACACAACAACUUUUCAAAAAGGAUGGAGCAAGCAGUCCCAGUCGCAACUACAAAAAUUAUAGAACACCUAGUAGACACUUUUCGGAGCCAAUUCCUGAUGUGAGCUUGGACGACGCGGCACCAGGAAGCCUUUCAAAAGUCAGCACAGCUGCACAUCCAGUCUUGUCGAAUCAUUCUGUUUCCGCUAUAGGAACAGCCCUAGGUAGUGCUGUUUCAUCGUCAUCUGUCUCAUCUUAUCAUCAGCCUCUAUCUUCAACCCCUAAACCUUCUUCCAUCUCAGUUGCUACAAAUACCCGUCGCAUGACCCCAUCUUCUCCGCUUGUGAGACCAAUGGUUGAAGCCAUGGCUAGUCCUUUACUUGUUGGUCUCUCAGAACCCUCUAGUUCCGUGACUCCAGUCAAUGUCAACAGCCCGCCGAUCCCUAUUACAGGAACGCCUCGUGUGACACCGCCAGUUGCCAUCAAUUCAUCUUUCCCUGACCCAGAGCCAAUGAGGCUAUCACCAAAUAUGCGGACCACUGUAACAGUGUCGAGCCCUGAACUUGCACCAUUAUCAUCUUUGCGUCCUGCUCAAUAUGUUUUACAACAACAACAGCAGCAGCAGCAGCAGCAGCAGCAACAACCACAAAAUCAGAAUCAAAAUCAAAAUCAAAAUCAACAAGACCUUCAAGAGAAGCAGUCUAAAGGCAACAAAAAGCGUAACAACCGUCCUUCAUCUUCUUACAUUGUCGAUGCGGCUAAUGGGAAUGCGGAAAAUGCUGCGACUGGAGGAGCAAUCACCACACUAUUUUAUCACCGAGAAUUUAGUAUUCUGCGAAACGAGUUUGAUUUUUUAAACUACCUCGAGUUUCAUAACCGAUACCAAAUGCGACGGCUUAUGCACAACCGGUUCAGCGACAAGAUGUUUCUUCAAACCAUUGAAAAUCUCGCUCAAUCGAACUUGAAGCUACAUGCCAUGCUUGAUAUUCUUCGUAAGCAACUUGAAGAAGCAGACACGCGGGUUCGAGAUCAGCGAUCUACAUUUAGUGUUUCUGAGGCAUCUCUUAUUCAAAAAGUUAAAACUUUGCAAACCGAGUUGGAUAAAUUAUCUCGGGAGCAUGAGAUUUUGAUGGAUCAGCACGAAAUUUCUAAAACAGAAAAUAAGGAACUCAUGGCAUCAGUUCUUGCAAAGGAAGAACGUAUUGCAAUCAUGGAGCUUAACAUUACAGAGCUUAGUAAGGACGACAUGAAGGCAGCUGGGUACAAGAAAAAGCUUCUUGAUGCGGAGAAAACUAUUGAGCAGCUCCAAAGCAAGACUGAAAACUUUUUAUCUCCAGAAGAAGCUAAAGCUGCAGGAGAUUUUCUUGUACGUUUCAAAGAAUUCAGCAAGAUGCGUGAGUCUGUAGAAAAAGCCAAAGAAAUGUCUGACCGUCAGUUCCGAUUGCAAAUCAACAAUCUCCAAGCCAAGCUCAAGGAUGCUGAAGAAAAGGCAUCCAAGCCAUCUAAAAUGAUGAUGCAAAGCAUUAUGGAUCUUCGUUCACGAGAUGAUUAUAAGCUCCGUGAGCUGGAAGCUGCAUAUGAAGAACUCGACGAUCGCUACUCACGACUACACGCCGAGUUUCAAAAAUAUACGAUUCGAAGCGAAAAGGAACAUAUUGAAUUCAUGGAGAAUUAUAACCUACACAUUCAGAAGUACCGGCUUCCAAGCGAAAGCUACUCAAUGGGAGAACAGGCCGAUCCUGAUGCACCUAUCCCAAUGUAUGUGUCGCAGGAACAUUCGUCAACAUCUAGCCAUAGCGAGGGCAGCGUACACUCAGGUCCGCGUGGAUCGACAGCAACUGGCAGCACAAACCCGCAUCAUCCGUCUGUAAGCACGACACGCUCCAUGAGCCAUGGCCCCAUACAGGGUGGUAGUCAUCCACAAACACGGUGGUCAAGCCCACAAACGUCGCCGCCCCAUGGACCCCAAGCGACAACGGGGCAGGUUCCGCAAAUCCCGCGACGCGAUAUGCGGAUCCGUGGUCGUGGCGGAGUGCAAAGUUCAAUCAAACUUUUGGAAUCUGGAUCAUCUGUACAUCCAUCUGGAGGUCAACGAGGGCGAUCGCCCAACUAG